AUGCAUCUUGAACAAGCUUGCAAGUUUAUCAUCUUGGUGGCGCUACAAGCUAACAGCGUGGCCGCAUCCCGCGUGGACCCAGCCCAGCCCGCCCGCCGCGUUUUCAAGAUCAACGGCGUCGAAUUCACCCCGGCCAACACCGACUGCCUUGUUCGCAUCUGGAAGGGGGAAAAGACGAUGCAUGCCACUUUUGCACCACCCAACUGGGAGUUCACUUGGUGGCUGGACGGUUUGCCCAUCGUCGUUGGCUUCAAGCGUGAUUGUUCCACAAUAGUCGGCUUGGUACCCAGCCCCUGGAGAGUUAAAGGCGACAGGGUCUCGGAUCUGCCGGACGAUUUCAGCAUUGACUUGGCUAAAGGGAGAGAACCUACUACGGUGACAGGCAAAAAAACCCCCCCUUUGUCACCGCAUAUUUGUCGAUGUAACUUUCACGACGUUAAUAUAAUCUAA